AUGGCGGACCGUUUCACCCAAACAGAAUCACAAAUUCGGCUGGGCCGAAAUAGGCACCUUAAUACAAUCGUCGAAGAUAAACCCGAGUCCCAGUUUGAUACGAAAAGCACUAUUGAUGGCAAGCCUUCAGCCGCUGGCCGACGAGCAGCAGUUCCAGUGAAUCAAACUCGAUCGACUCGUCUCUCGCGUCUGGGUCUCGCACAUCGCGCUGUAUCCCCCGCAUCCACCAGUUCGUCCGGUUCUAGGAAUUCAUGGCUGAGACGGAACCACGAUUUCGACGACCUCUACGAUGCCACUGAUGAGGAUGACGAAGGAGAAAUGAGCGACAGCUGUCCGUCCCUUGUCAGCCAGGGAAACAGCGAAUCCACCAAGUCAUCGCAGCUAUCCACACUUUCGUCGAGCAGCCGCAACAAAUACCCGGCGAUUAUCAUUCCGCCUUCGUUACAUAGGGCCAAGAUCAACGCUUUUCACAAGAAUUCUCCUGUUCCGCCGACUCCGCCACCGAAAAUACCAGUGUCGCCUGAGGCCCUCUCACGCAUCCCAAGGGCUGUUCCUGAAGCCCAUGCCCCGCCGUCACUAGACGGCAGUGCAGCCUCGGACCAUCCUUCUACCUUGAGUGCGCCUCUAACCCCUCAACUAGAAGCAGUGUCAGACGUUGAUUGGGAUUCACAGUAUUUGCUUUUUCAUAUUGACUCCGAUACUAAUGGGUGCGUCGAAUCCCCUUGCAGUGCAACCAUGAGUCCUCAGGUUGAAAUUGAAAUGGAUAAUCCUGAGGACUGGAGUCACGUCCUCGGUCGCUUCCCGCUCAUCCCGGAGAACGGACGCGAUAUUGGCCCACGUGGUGUUCCAGAUAUCCCUGGAAUUAAUAGGCCUGCGUCGACAGACAGUUCGAACAAGGGCGUUGAGCUUCCAACGAACGCUCUUGCUAUUCUUCAACGCAUUGAGUUUGACAGUGAUAGCGACCGCCACUCCGAGAUAUCCGGGGUUAACGAAAUAGUCGAAAUGCAAGAAGUAAAGCUCCUCUCAAGUCGUCCUGGGAGCAUGAAUGCUGCUAUACCCGCUUCAGCCGGUUCAACUCCCUUCACUCCUCUCAGCAUCCCAUCCCCAGGAGGCUUCUUUUCUUCUCUAGGAGGUGAUGCGCAACAGGCCUGGCGUUUCCCCAUAAUUCCCCAACCCUUAUCUGCUACUGCGGAGAAUUUCUACAAUUGCUCUUGGAACCUACCUGCGAUAUCCGACGACGUCCUUCCUGCUACACCUCAUUUAGGUCGCAACAAUACUUUUCUAGCAACGCCAACACCAAAAUUUGAUCCCUGGGACAGUUCAGAAACGUCACUUCCUUCGAAAGGAGGCGAACGCAAUUCAGCCGCAGAUUAUAUCGCGGAUGAGUAUGACGAGCUAUAUGAUGAAGAAUUGAAAUUUCAAGCGGCUUCUAACCUUGAUAGGACAACCACUUGGCUGGCAGCUCAAACUACAUACCUAUCGGCUUUACGCGAGACUAACCCCGCGAAUCAAUUUGAGGGCGCGCCAGUCACAAUUCUUGUAGAAACCCCUCACGAGUGUCCACCAAACACAUCGAGAAAAUCAGAAGUCCUAGCUAACAUUCGGGAAAACGGCGUUUGCUUAAAGCCCCAUUCUCAUCCUGCAGGAGGUGAUGCCUUGUUUUAUCGUGGCUUUCAACGCCUGGUACGCCAGUCAACGGCCCAAGAUGCCUUUUUCCACAACAAAUUACGCUACGAAUCAAUUCAGGCAAUACGGCUCAGUUUCAUGGACAAGCACGUUGAUGGCCUUCUCGGGAAAUAUGUUCUGAAUAACAUAUUCCGUCCUCCUUAUCGCGGGCCGUUCUCCCAAGCCCCCCGAAAUUCUACUGUCCCCCAGAUUCUUGCCGAUCAAGCCAAAUUUUCAAAUUUAGAAAAGGAACAAGAUGUAGCGCAUCAGCUACACAAUUCAAUGUGGGCAGUUGAAGCCCUGAAAUUUUUGAAGGGUGGAUCUCUCCUCCCUACCUCGGCGGUAAAGCGGUUUGUUAGAGCAAAGGUUCCCCGCGGGGAUCCAAAGAGUGCUUCUGUCCGGAGAAUUAGAGUCCUCGACAUUGGUGGCGAGCCAUCCUGCGGCUGGGCGUGGCAUGUUUCUAACGACUACCCUAAUGUCAAAGUCUACACAACGAUCACGAAACACCAAAUUGUGAAUCCAGGUAUGAAAGGGCCUUCGAACCAUCGGCAAAUCUCAGUCCCUAAUGUCUGGCGGCUUCCCUUCCGCGACAAUCAGUUUGACGUCAUAUCCUCUCGUACCUUCCACUCAUUGCUAAAAACAGAUCACCCUUGCGGUGAAGAGGAGGACGAGUAUAAUUUAUGUCUGAAGGAAUGCUUUCGAUGUCUCAAACCUGGUGGUAUCCUCGAAUUCUUUUUGAUGGAUUCGGAGAUUAUCCGUGCUGGACCAUGCGGUGCAGCAGUAUCUGUUGAAUUUGGGUUCAACCUUAAGACUCGUGGGUACGACCCGUCCCCUACUAAGUCUUUCAUCCAUCGGCUCCAUAAUGCCAAUUUUGCGCCAGCCAAGAGAGCAUGGAUGUUUCUGCCUCUUGGUACCGAAACUUCUACUCCAAAGACGGAGCCGGGUUGCCAUUCUGAUAUCGGUGAAUCUAUGGGAACGACGAGUAAUAUUGCUGGUACUACUGGCCUGCUUGGCGGAUGGAUGUGGGAACAAUGGAUGGUCAAACUCCAGAUGGAAAUGGGACGUGAGAAGGGCAAGCUGCUCGAGGAGUCUGCUAUCUUCAAGGCAAAUGUCAAGCCAAAAUACGGCAUUGUGAUUGAUCUAUUACUUUUGAAGAUUCUCUAUUGA